UACCUACCAUCACCAUGUGCCCGCAACUGCCACAGGUGAGGUGAGAGACCAAACCAGAGCACCACCCUGCACGACGUCCUGAGCUGCGCUGCGCUGUAUAUGUGCACCCGUUUCUGUCCAUCUUGUUUCUCGUCGCCCCCGUUCAUUUCCAUCCAUCGCCACGGCCAAACAGCAGGGCGCCGACGGCCGACGGGCGGAGCGAGGGAGAGCCCAAGCCCAAGUCGUAAAGCGGUAGCAACAGACGGAGAAGGCACACGCCUGACAGCACCAACGCGCUACGCCCCUCACUGCCUUACUGGGGAGGCGGUGCCGUGGGCAGAGAGGAGCAGAGGUGGCGCAUCCACAUGGACUCCGACUCCUCUGCGACGGCGGGCCUCCUGGAGUCGCCCGCGCCCGCCAAGGAGAUGACCCUCCGCCACGUCGCCCGCACCGCCCACAGCAUGUCCUCCUCCUCACUCCGCAAGAAGUCCGACCUCGCCCUCCUCCGCAAACUCCCCUGCGCGCCACUCCUCGACAACCUCCAGGAGGUCCUCCUCGCCACCAAGCUCGUCCUCCUCUUCCCCGCCGUCAUCCUCGCGAUCGCCGCCCGCAUCCUACAAUUCGGACAGGAAUGGGUCUUUGUGCUUAGCUUAAUCGGGCUCAUUCCUCUUGCUGAGCGACUCAGCUUCCUGACCGAGCAGGUUGCAUUUUACACGGGACCUACUGUGGGUGGCCUGCUGAAUGCAACAUUUGGAAAUGUGACGGAGGUCAUCAUCGCACUCUUCGCCCUGCAUGAAGGCAAGGUCGUGGUGGUGAAAUGCUCUCUGCUCGGCUCCAUCUUGUCCAACUUGUUGCUUGUCCUUGGAACCUCCCUUUUCUUUGGUGGCCUGGCCAACCUUGGAACCGAGCAGCCAUACGACAGAAUGCAAGCGGAUGUCAGCACUGGACUUCUGAUUCUUGGUGUGCUAUGUCACUCUCUUCCACUGAUGCUGAGGUAUGCUGUCAGCUCCGGGGAGCAUGCGGUAGCCUCUUGGGAUGCAGGAUUAGAGCUAUCCCGAGCAUGCAGCGUUAUCAUGCUCCUGGCUUAUGUAGCCUACCUUUUCUUCCAGCUGAAGACUCAUCGCCAGCUCUUUGAGCCCCAAGAGGUUGAAGAUGAUGGUGAAGAAUUGGUCUCUGAAGAUGAGCCGGUGCUGGGGGUUUUUAGUGCGAUGAUUUGGCUGGGAGUCAUGACUCUGCUGACUGCAGUAUUAUCUGAAUUUGUUGUGAGCGCAAUUGAGGCGGCGUCAAAAUCAUGGGAGGUAUCUGUGAGCUUCAUUAGCAUAAUCUUGAUCCCAAUAGUUGGUAAUGCAGCAGAGCAUGCUGGUGCAGUCAUAUUUGCUUUUAAGAACAAACUGGACAUCACCCUCGGAGUAUCUUUGGGAUCUGCUACACAGAUUUCCAUGUUUGUGGUGCCAUUGAGUGUCCUUGUAGCUUGGAUCAUGGGAGUACCUAUGGAUCUUGAUUUCAACUUGCUUGAGACUGGUUCUUUGUUUCUUGCAAUAUUAGUAACGAGCUUCACCCUCCAGGACGGAUCAUCGCAUUAUCUGAAGGGACUGCUGCUUCUCUUUUGCUACGUUGUCAUUAGUGUGUGCUUUUUCGUUUUGAGACGGCGUGGAGAUGGCAACAACGACGGUGUCCAUCUGGGUGUACCAAGUGACUCAUGGAGGAUUUAGGGUGCCUGAUAGGUUGGAUUGCAUUCUCCAGUGAGUUUUUGAAUGAAUGUUAUGCCCUUCAUUUGCAGUUUUGCAUGCAGAACUGGAGAAGCUAGCGCUGCGAAGUCUGACUAAAAUAGACCAAAACGUAAUGUAUGAAAAUGUUGGGGUCAUGCUUCUUCUCACAGCAACUGCGCCAUCUAUGAAGCUAAUAUGUCCAAACGGUAUGACGCAAAGUAAUUAAGCAAAGCAUUAUGUAUGUAUAUUAGGUAAAAUAUGAUAUAUAGUGGUUGCCUGA